CACCACAAAAACUCACACAAAACAAGCAACCCUAUCACCAACAAAAUGAAGAUGAUUCUAACUAUCUUCUUCAUUUUCUCUCUUCUUUCCCUCUCCCAUGCAUCAGUAGUAGAUUUCUGCGUAGCAGAUUACAAUGCACCAAACGGCCCAGCCGGAUAUUCUUGCAAAACACCCAAAAAAGUUACCGCCGAUGACUUCGUCUUCCACGGCCUAGCCACAAGUGGAAACACCACUAACAUUAUCAAAGCCGCCGUUACACCUGCAUUCGACGCACAAUUUCCUGGCGUAAACGGACUUGGAAUCUCCAUUGCGCGUUUAGAUUUAGCUCCAGGUGGAGUUAUUCCACUUCACACUCACCCCGGUGCUUCAGAAGUAUUGGUUGUUAUUCAAGGAACAAUUCUUGCUGGUUUUGUUUCAUCUGCUAACGUUGUUUACCUUAAAACACUUAACAAAGGUGAUGUGAUGGUUUUUCCACAAGGUUUGUUGCAUUUCCAAAUUAACAGUGGUCGUUCUAAUGCGCUUGCUUUUGUUAGCUUUAGUAGUGCUAAUCCUGGUUUACAGAUAUUGGAUUUCGCUUUGUUUAAGAGCGAUUUUCCUACUGAGUUGAUUACUGCAACUACUUUUCUUGAUGCUGGUUUAGUGAAGAAGCUUAAAGGUGUUCUUGGAGGCAGUGGUUAAUUAAACUACGUUGUUAUCCAUGAGAGAAUGAGGAUUUAGGAUUCCUGUGUUCUCUUUUAAUUGUUGUUGAACUUGUUUCGUUGUGUUGUUUGUUGUUGUGUUGUGUCAAUGUUGUUAGUUUUUUGAAUGAUGGUAACUUUAUAAAUUUGUGAGAUGAGAUGAAUAAAUGUAAGUGAAGUAUUAUCAAAACUGCUUUUUAUAGAUUCAAUUUCUUCCUUUUCC